AGUGAAGCAGAAUCUAACGCGUCCUCUAAUUGGUCUAAUUUGGCGUCACAAGUUAUUUGAAUCAAUCUGAUUGGACAGUGUGAUAGAAAUUGUGGCGCUAACGACGGCGCAAGCACCCGAAGCAAGCUGAAGCCGUAGGUACCAUCAUCGCUGCUCGAAGCCAACCUUCCGCAGUCCGCAGCCCCAAACAUUGAUCCUAUUAUAUGGAAAAUCAUCACAGCUUUUUAGCCAAACUUAUAAAUGGUGCUAUUGCUGGAGUGGUCGGCGUUGCAUGCACCUUCCCAUUGGAUUUGUGUAAAACAAGACUACAGGAUCAAAGACAUCUUGGGGCUCAAAAGCACUACAAAAACUUAGCGGACUGUCUAUGGAAAGUGGCAAGAGCAGAAGGGGUGAGAGGUUUAUACAAAGGCAUAGGAGUAAAUUUGUUACUCAUAAACCCGGAAAAGGCAUUGAAACUUGCUGUAAACGACCAGCUAAGACAGAUGUAUGGUGGAAGAAGACACACCCUUCCCUUGAGCAAAGAGAUGAUCGCUGGUGGAGCUGCUGGGUUUUGUCAGGUGGUCAUUACCACACCGAUGGAAAUGCUCAAAAUACAGCUUCAGUUGGCUGGAUCACAAACAACAGCUCCCCGGAUAGCCAACUCAACUACCACUGUGGCGGCGGCGAGCUCAAACGUUAGGACGUUCGGCACCAAUUCAAGCACAGCCCCCCAAUCCGCCCUAAGAAUAGCACAUGACCUGAUGAGGAGCAAGGGUAUAAGUGGCAUUUACAGAGGACUUGGCGCCACAUUACUGAGGGACGUGCCGUUUUCCUGCAUCUACUUUCCUCUGUUUGCCUAUCUCAGACUUGAGUUUCAGGGAGAUGGGACACACAACCAUGCCCCAGGGCCACUACAAUCUUUGAUGGCAGGGUGUACUGCUGCUAUGAUAGGAAGUGCAGCUGUCACUCCAUUGGAUGUGAUCAAAACAAGGCUCCAGGUGAUAAGAACAGGAGGAGAAGCUGCCUACAACAGUCUGUGGGACUGCGUUCAAAGAACCUACGUAAAUGAGGGGAUAAGCGCAUUUUAUAAGGGAGUGGUGCCAAGGAUGAUCGUAAUUGCACCGUUGUUUGGGAUUGCCCAGAUGGUAUACUUCUUGGGAGUGGCUGAAAAAAUAUUGGGACUUGAAGCGGGAGAAAUUUGAGCUAGAUGGCUAUAAAAAAAUAAAGCUAACGGUUCAUGUAAAUAAAAGAACAAUCAAGAACGAGUUGGGGCAUGAGUCAACUUCAUGCGUACACAGAAAAAAGGGACAACGAUUUCGUGUAAAUACUAAAGGCUCAAAGCUUUUUGAAAAUUCACUAGACUUCUGUCAAAGGUGUAGGGUAAUGUAACCAGUAUUUAUUAACAUGUAGUAUUAUAAUUCCGCUCUCGAAGAUUUUACGAAUCAGAUCUGUCCAAAUUAUGUGACAGUGGUAAAUUGUAGCUGGUUUCUAAAGCUUGCACGAGUAACAGAGAAAGGUUAAAACCGUCUGAUGAGAAUUUGCAGAGAACUUCAUAGGAAUAUGUGACAGGUAUCUUUGACAGUCUAUAAAAUAGACGUCAAUAUCUCAUCUUCACAUGGCAGUAGGAUAAAAAUAAACAGUUGAAAAUGAAUGGCA